GAGUUAGAGCAUCCCAAAUCUCUCCACACCUCAACUUUAAAAGAAAGUUCAAUAACCAUAACAAAAGGACGUGGACUACACAGAUCCACUUGCUUUCCACAUUUCACCUUGAAUGUAACAACAUCUUGGAGCGCAGGCUAUAUUUCUCUUUUUCUUUGCGUAAGUGCAAGGAUUUUUUUUAUUUGCGCGUAAUGUUUAUUUUGUACUUUUCCGGGGCUUUUUUAUUGCGUUAACCUUUGAAUUCUGUUAGUCGUUUCAUUGAUUCCGAUUAGGGUUUUUUUUCUUCUUUUACAAAAUUGUACAGGAAAGUUGUUAUGAAGACGACUUAAGUGCUCAUCCUUUUCUUGUACUAUGGAAGGAUCCAGUGGGUCUAGUUUCGGAAUAGACACUAUUUUGUCCACAACCAAUUCUGGCAGCUCAGUACUGAUGAACGGAGAUUUUCGCCUCGGUGACAGUAACAGAACAGCGGAUUUCAGGAGCCAGGCGACGCCAUCACCAUGUUCGGAGAUAGACACUGUGGGAACAGUCCCCUCAUCCCCGAUCUCAGUUACGAUGGAGCAUCCCGAGCCGCAUCUGGUCCAAGACAGCCUUCAGCAUCACCAUCACCAUCAUCAUCACAGUCAGGCUCAGAGUUUGCAGCUUUCACCCCAGCCUCAUCCGCUCGCAAAAGAAGAGGGCGAUCGGGAAAUUUCUAGUUCGAGAGACAGUCCGCCAGUCCGCUCUAAAAAACCUCGCAAAGCGCGGACGGCCUUCUCCGACCAUCAGCUUAACCAGCUGGAGCGCAGUUUCGAAAGACAGAAAUACCUCAGCGUACAGGACCGAAUGGACCUGGCAGCAGCCCUAAACCUCACAGACACACAAGUCAAGACUUGGUAUCAAAACCGACGGACGAAAUGGAAGAGGCAGACGGCUGUCGGAUUAGAACUGCUGGCUGAAGCUGGAAAUUAUUCGGCCUUACAGAGAAUGUUCCCAUCUCCGUAUUUCUACCACCCGAGUUUAUUAGGUACCGUGGACAGCACGACAGCGGCCGCCGCCGCCGCUGCCAUGUACAGCAGUAUGUACCGGACUCCGUCCACACCGCAUCCAUCUCUCCAGAGACCGCUCGUCCCCAGAGUGCUCAUUCACGGCCUGGGGCCCGGGGGACAACCGGCACUGAACCCAAUAGUGGGCACACCGCAUCCUCGGUAAAACGAAAAGACACGGAGAGACAAAUGUAUCACACGUGAUGUGACAGACUGCGCUGAACUUUCACAAGACGCAUUUUUUCUCCAACACUGAGAGACGAUUUUAUCGAAGAAAAAGAUGUAUUAUUUAAUAUGGACCAUUUCUGACGUAUAGGCCUAACUAAACCAG